UAUUGGAACCUUGCAACAUGCCAUGCUACAGAUAAAGGGAAGAAACACGUACAGAUAAAUUAAGCUACUAGAGCAUUUUCCCCAAAGCUCGAUAAAUAAAUGUGGGUGGAAAGGUUUGCAGCGCCACGAUACGGUCGCCAGAGGGCGUAGUUGCGACGCCUUCUAAACCCAAGUAAGAGUUUUAUUUUCUAAACUUUGGCCGGAAGUGCGUUAACAUUGCGUGUGGCGUCACAUUAUUAUUGUAUGCCUGUUUUUGUGUCAUGACUUUAGCUCCGAGUUGCGUUUACACACUCCAUAAUGCGGCGUUACAUACGUGCACUGAUGCUGUGCAUGGUGUUUGCCGUGUUCUCGGGACUGUAUGUUUACAGUAAGCUGUUUUACUCGGACGCACCGGUCGGUGGGAACGGACCAAAGAGGAGUUUCAUCCCACCCAGAGUGACCGGAGCCAGCCGAGGGGCCGUGGACAAAACUGGGCCCCAAAACACACACUGGUACAAUAGGUACAUUAUGCGUCAGCGGGGUCAGCUGGAGGCGGGUGGUGGCAGCAUUCAGAGCACACCCGAGCCUCCCAUGCACCUGGCCGUAGUGGCCUGUGGGGAGAGGCUGGAGGAGACUCUCACCAUGAUCAAGUCCGCUGUACUUUUCAGCAUCAAACGCCUCUGCCUGCACAUCUUCGCUGAAGAUCAGCUACACGCUAGCUUCAUGGAAGCUCUGGAGUCGUGGCCUGGCUUUAUUCGCUCCAGAUUCAACUACACAGUCUACUCCAUCAGCUUCCCCAGUGACAAUGCAGCCGAGUGGAAGAAACUCUUCAAACCCUGCGCUUCUCAAAGGCUUUUUUUACCUCUGAUCCUGAAGGACAUCGACUCGAUAGUGUACGUCGACUCAGACAUCCUCUUCCUGCAGCCCGUGGACCAGCUGUGGGCAUUCUUGUCUCGCUUCAAUUCCUCUCAGCUGGCGGCCAUGGCCCCAGAGCACGAGGAGCCCCGCAUCGCCUGGUAUAGCCGCUUCGCCCGCCACCCCUUCUACGGCACGACGGGCAUCAACUCAGGGGUCAUGCUCAUGAAUAUGACGAAGAUGAGGAACACGUUCUUCAAGAAUGACAUGACGUCUGUGGGACUGCGUUGGGAGGAGCUGUUGAUGCCACUACUCCAGAAAUACAAACUCAACAUAACCUGGGGGGACCAGGACCUUCUCAAUAUAAUUUUCCAUCACAACCCCGAGAUGUUGCUGGAGUUUCCGUGCCAGUGGAACUAUCGUCCGGAUCAUUGUAUCUAUGGCAGUAACUGUGCUUCGGCCGAGGAGGAUGGCGUCUACAUAAUGCAUGGAAACAGAGGGGUUUACCACGACCACAAGCAGCCCGCCUUCAGAGCUGUUUACGAGGCCAUACGAAAGUACUCAUUUGGCGCAGACCCAGUGACUUCUUUGUUGGAUCCUUUAGAAGAGGAACUGUUGAAGACAACACAUACUUAUUGUGGUAAAUCCCACGCACUCUUCACCAAGAAACUGGCACACAGCCUGGCAAAUGCCAACAGGAAGGCUCCACGUGGACGGUGACAAAAUGUAAGCUGGGAUAGAGGCCAGUAGGAUUUUUACAAGCUCGGCUACCAAGAUAAGGAACAGUGCUUAUUGGAGCUAACCAUUCGUACUUGCUGGCCUUGAGCAAGACAUUGAACUCUUAACUUCUGAUCCUACAAGCUGACUGCAGCUUGCCUGCUUUGAACAGCAGGGUUUUUUGACUGAGAUACAAAAAAUGACACUGUGGAAUAAGUGGAGUUUUUUUGACUACUUUGGUGAACAUUUGCUUAAUGCUCACUGGUUAGAUUUCCAUCCAAACAUUUCAAUAAUUUUUUUUCACUGGAUUCCGAGAAAAAUCUGCAAAAGAAAAUGAGAAUUUCUGCAUGUUUCCAUCCAUUACCAUUUUUCGAUUUUACAAAUAGGUGGUGGCACUAAUUCUCUAGUCAUUUGUGUCAUGCAUUAAUUUGAGGAACGUUACAGUCUCCUCAUCGGUCCAAACAGAUUUGAUGUUCAUGUCCACCGCCAUCUUUUUGUCUCUUAAAUGCAGCAGAAACUUUAGUAAAUCUUAAAGCCACAUGCUUCAUGUAUGUCAUGAUUCGUUUGUUUGCAUUGCACUUUGUCACAUUGUUACAACUUUUCUCCUUAAGUCCAGCUUUUCUUUUUUUGGGUGGUUUUUAUUACAUUUUUAUAUUUCACUGACAACUGGAGAUUUUAUUUAAACCAAAAAGCAUCUAGUGUCUUCCUCAUAGUAAUUUGCUUCUUUCAGAGCCUCUGGCUACUGACUGAAGGUGCAAGAGAUCUGUAAAAGUUUGGAAGAGAAGCUCUUGACUUUCCAUAUUGGAGAAUUUAUGAACUUGUAAAACACUCUUAUUAAAAAGAGACAAACCAUAUCAGAACUGGACAAAAGGCUUUUUGCAGGGCCUGUUUUUGAGAGAUGUAUGUGCGGGGCCAUUUUUUUCAGCCUUUAGAAACCACUCAGCAACAUGGAAGAACAGUCAUUUAAGAGAAUGACAGUGAAGUGAUAUUUUAUUAUUUCAGUGCAAAGUGAUUCUGCAAAUUAAUGCUGGGCUUUAUUUCUACAGUGGCAUGGGUGGAGCAUAUGAAACCUCCAUCAGAGUAUUGUUUGCCUGUGUAAACAUUUGGUCUUUUCGUUGCUAUGUUACAGGUUACCUUGACCUAAGCGGCAAAAAAAGAGAAGGUCAUUUUUAAUGUGGUACAAUGUCGGUUUUGCAGUCUCUGUUUUUCUGAUGACAUGUUACAUGUUUUGUUUUUUUGUUUUGUGAAAUGAAUCGAUACAUUUCCUUAUGUUUCAGACAUUGCUGAAUAAUACGAUACUAUCUACUCCUUUUUUAAAAGGAUGUGUUGCGUCAAUCUAGACACAGAUAUGAUAAAAAUUCUGUUAAUCUAAAAUUCACAGCAUAGCUGACAUACAUUAGCCUAGACAAUGCAGAAAAAUGCUACUAUGCUAUUGAACAUGUGAAUAAGCUACAAGUUCUCUCCCGAUGCCAAAGUAUUUGUUUUAUUACUUUAAUUAUGGGUUUUGCACCAGUGAAUGUAUUUUGAACACUAAGGGUUGAAAUGUUGGAAGUAAAUGUCAGUGUUUACAUUAUGUUGGUAUGGGAAAGGAUGGUAUAAGUAAGGAUAUCCUUUGUGACAUUACUGUGUUUACUUGUUUAUAUGUCACUGUCAAGAAAUUAAAUUGCAGUGUUCUUUUUUUUUUUACAUUAAAGAUGAUAUCAGUUUUGUAAAAUUUGUACAGCAUUGUGUUAUAUUUAACCACCAGAGGGUAGCAUUUUUUCAUAUGUCCACUAGUGCUUUUUUGAAUUAAAUGUGAGUAUUUGUUUUGAGGAAGGGAAAGUAUAAUUUAUCAUGGACAGAAUCGAAGGGAAAAGUCAUUCAGAUAAUCAUAAAACAAUUUAUGAAUUUGGAAUUAAUAGUAUUUACUUUUGAGACUUGUAACAGGGGACUUACAUGGGUUUGGAUCAGACAAAUACAAAUACAAAUCUUGUUUGUUUUUUUGUUUUGUUUUUUUCUCUUUUUACCAAUAUAAGGCAUCUUUGCUACUUUAUUCUAGAAGGAUCUAAGUUGAAGAAGAUUGAUGCUGUGUUUCUAACACCUCCUUGGGCUGAUCAAUGGACUUGCCAAUAAUCUAUGACCAGGCCACCUGAGAUGCAGCACCAUCUCUGCCCCAGCUUGGUGCUCAUAAAGUGUAAGUGAUGGACCAAUAGCGCGGCCACGUAGAUGCCUGCCUGUGACGCUGUAUGGCACUGACUAUAGGGAAUGAGUUUAUGCUUAUUCCCAUUAGGUGGGGGAUAUAACCAUCUGUUUAUUGUUCUGGAGCUAGUUUGAUUUAUUGGACCAGAAACAUCCUUCAUUCAUCACUAUAUAUCGUUAUGAGAGCUUAUCAAUUACCUUUAUUGACCUGUGUGCUUAAAUGCAACACGUAACAGACCAGGUCCCCAGGGAGAGAGAGACAAUGGCUUGAAUUGAGCACCAUGGUGAAAAAUUCAAUAUCGUCCAUCCUCCAUGGUUUCAUUUUCCUGAAACUACAUGUUUUAUGUUGUAAUAAAUAACUCAUAUUAUUUCUUUUGUACCAUCCCGGCUGGAAAGGGAAACUAUUUAAAAUAAAUAUGUGACCUCCGGUGUUUAGAGUGGGUCAGAGUGGAAGACGAGGAGAAAAUGGAGACAUCACAGAUUAAUUAAAUGUACAUCCGUGUGAGUGUCUGGUUUUUUUUGAUGGACAAAAGAGAAAUAAAUAAAUAAAAAUCCCACUAAGGUUGGC